AUGGCUUCCCUUAUUGGUCUCGAUGUCACCAAGAACCUCUCCUACUAUACGGUUCCUGCGGCCCUCGUCGCCUGCAUGCUGCCUCACGUCAUCGCCGUCACCGGCGCGAAGGACACCUAUGAUAAGGCCUACCCCCGCAGCCUCAGGGACAAUGUUGAAAAGAGCGAUUCCAUCGACAAAGAGGCCAAGCAGCGCAUCGUACGCGCCAAGGCUGCUUCCGAGAAUGGCUUCGAGACCAUCGGCCUCUAUGCCGCGGCCGUCGUGGCCGCCAACGCCGCGGGUGUUGAAACUUCCCUUCUCAACCGCCUGACCAUUGGCUACGUCAUCAGCCGCUACGCUUUCGUCUUUGUCUACGUUCAGCUCGGUGCUAACCGCAACGCCGCGCCGGUCCGCAGCCUUACCUGGUUCGCUGGCAUCAGUGCCAUCGUCGCUCUCUUCAUCAAGGCCGGCAACAAGGUCGCCGCUUAA